AUGGCGUUCGGGCGCUCCAACUCGUUGUCUCUGAACACCGGCGCGACCAACAGCUUGUUUUCGCAGCAACAACAGCAGACUCCAGCGAACAACACAUCGAGCCUCUUCGGCAACACUGCACAACAAUCACAACCACAGCAGACGAGCAGUCUCUUUGGCAACGCAGCGACCACGACACCACAAACCCAACCCCAGCAGACAGGAGGACUCUUCGGCGCAUCUGCAGCGCAAACACAGAACACGACUGGAGGCACAGGAGGAGGCGGAGGGCUAUUUGGCAACACAGGCGGAGGCACCAUGCAGAACACGUCUGGUAGCAUAUUUGGGGCGGCGCUGGGCGGCAACAACAACAACACACAGAGCAAACCUUCAGGGAGUCUGUUCGGAGCACCGACGACAAACAACACAAGCACUGGCGGGACUGGGCUUUUCGGUAGCACGACCAAUGCGAACACGAACACACAACAGCAGGGCAGUCUCUUCGGCGCCAACAAGCAGCACACUCAGAAUCAGUCAGGCAGCUUGUUUGGAGCUGCGCCGCAACCCCAGCCAACACUUCUCCACUCAGUACAUCACAAUGCCGCUGUUCAGAACACACCUUUUGGCCGACUUAGCAUGGGCCAAAGUGCGAACCCCCAGCCGCCAGUCAGCGCAACAAAUGUAAAUCUCGACGACCUCAAGCCGACUACACGUUUCGAGGAUUGCAUCGAGCCAUUGAGGCAGACAUUGGAGGAUAUGGACAAGAUGAUUCAGAAACAAGAAGAGUAUGCAAGGUCAUGUGAGGCUUUCAUGCCUGAACACUCCAACAAGGUUGAAAGCAUAGCGCCAGAUGUCAAUUUCGUCAAGAGCAAGGCAGAAGAUGUGGAACAAGCAUUAGUGUCAGAUGCGUACGGCGUGGAGGCACAACGGAAGAACACUGAAAAGGACAUCAAAGAUCUCGAGCGCCUCGCUCGCCUUACACAGAACCUCGCCCUACCAGCUGCAUACCACUACUCGGGGAAUAUGAGCUUGAACAGUAGCUUCGCGCAGCAACGACCACAACAGCCAUCCUCAACGAAGGAAGGCGAGGAGCCUAGUGGCUACGAUGUCGAUCUGAUCAGCAACUACUUUUCACCGCUCGCGAACGACCUACAGACGAUGAUGAAGGGCUACGCCGAUAACCUCAGUGAGAUCGAGAGUCAUCUAAAGGUCAUCGAGAGCUCGGCGGUCAUGCAGGCACAGACACUGGCUCAACGCAAGGCAGGCAUGAAUGGCGCUCAACAAGCAAGUGGUGAUGACACGGUCAGAGAGCUCACCGAUACUCUGCGAGGCUUCGAGGAGAGCAUUCUUGGUGUGGCUAGUGUUGUUGGAGAGUGCAGAGACGGCGUCACUGAGCUGAUGCUUGGCCGUCUGGGUGGGAAUGCGAGAUCAAGCGCGUACUAG